AUGGUGAUGGCGUUGAAGGGUUGGCUAAGGUGCUGGGCUGGCCGCGAGUGUGUUGGGGGGGUUGCGCGACGCAGCGCUGGUGGUGAGGGUGGAGCCCGGCGGUUUUCUCCCCCCGGGAGCAUGCUUGUGAGGUCGUGGGCUGGUGGGCUCACUGGGCUGGCUCGACGGCAUUAUGCGCUGCGCGCCUCUGGAAGGUGGAGAGGCGUACCUGGGUCGCCCUUUCCUUGCCCGCCUUGGUCAUCGGCCGCUCCUGCCUGCGCUCUCCGGGCUGCGCUCGCACCUGCCGCCUCGCCUCUCUCCUCGCAGCGCAGCAAGUGCAAGCACGCACUUGGCCACUGCCCUGCCCUCCUCCCUGCCUGCCCGUUCCCUGCUACCACUACUUACCUCUCGCCUCGGCGCAUUCGUCGUUUUGGGCCUAGACCGCCCCUCGCUCUCGCAAACCUUGACCAGCCACAGCCCUCACCUCGCUUGCAGCCCACCACGAGGCCGGCCCCCGGAGACACAGACGCCCAGUUUGCCCACCUCGUCGAGUAUAACUCGCCCGCGCCUGUCUCAACGGCCCUCCUGCCUUGUGCUGCAAAGCUUCCACGCUUCACCUGCUACUCGCCGUCGCCGGCUCCGCUGUCAAUUGGACCCGUGGACCCCGAAAUCCUACUAUGCUGCUGCUGCUGUCAACCACAUCAAGCCCAUCCCUCCUUCCCUAUUCUCUACCAUGCCGGCUCCCGCCAAGCCGCAACUCUAGGCCGCUGGCUCCCGCAGCCAGCCAUCGGCUUUGCAUCUGGCGAACGUCCGCCCUGGCCUACUGUCCUUGUCCAAUCUCUCGCCUACUGUCCGUCGCUGCUGCCCACACCGCCACUCUCUUUUGUGCUUAUCGACCACACGAUAGGAGCCCGUCCAAUACCCUGA